UCUACAAUCUAUGUCCAUGAGUUCAAUUGUUUUGGUUUUUAGAUCCCACAAAUAAGGGAGAACAUGCGAUGUUUCCCUUUCUGUUCCUAGCUUAUUUAGUGUAUUGUAAUUCAAACCUUUCUUUUACAAAAGUUUGAAAGAAUUGAAAGGCCCUCAGGAUAAAUAACAGCUGUCAAAAGAACAUUUCCCAAGUCCAAUUCGUGUCAUCCUGGAGAUUUUGAAAGCUUUUGCUCAUAUGCUGGAUUAGCACAGCUAAAAGUCUCUGAUCACAGGCACGUCCGAGAGUUAAUGAACCCAACACGCCUUGAUGCUGUGCAGGAGAAUCACCAGGACCACAGCUUAGUCCCUCCUCCCUCAGGGAGGGCCACAACAUGAAGCCAGAGUGUGAUUGGCCUAGGCUCUUUACUAAAGAGCAUUUAAUGAUGAAGGAGGAUGCUUCCAAGAGGCUAGACAGCAGAGAGAGGAGAAGCGAAGAGAGAAAGAAGGAAGGAAGGUGGCCUAGCCUUCAUCAAGGCAGAAAAGAUUCAGGACAGGCAAAGAAGUGAGAAGCUGGGAAGGUGCUCACUAUCAGGUUUGUGAAAAGACAACUAGGCUCAGAAGUUUUCAGUGUAGGUGUCAUACUGCAAUGGAAUGAAAAGGGAGAAAGGCAGUCAUUUUAUGGUUCAAUCAGAGGUGAGGAUUAGAAAUUUCAAGCAUUAACCCAGAAAUCCUAGGGAUUCAAUGACAAUGAAAUUUGAAGAAAAGUGUGGGGACAAUGGGAGCCUUGUAGGAAGGAAUCAGUCAUACCCAGGUGAGAAGCAUCAGCCAAAAGGAAAACCCGUAACAAAUGGGGAAGCUGAGUUCUAUGCAAAGCAGGAGGCAAAUGGGAAAUGCAGCGUGCCCAGGAAAAGGCUCAACAUGUACACCUGGCAGGAGAUCCAGAGGCAUAAUCAGGAGGCCGACCAAUGGCUGGUCAUCAAUCGCAAGGUUUACAAUGUCUCCAGCUGGGCAGACAGGCAUCCAGGUGGGCGCCGGGUCCUCAACCACUAUGCUGGGGAAGAUGCCACGGAUGUCUUCAGGGCCAUGCAUCCAGAGCCUGACAUUGUGCAGUUGUACCUGAAGCCACUGCUCAUUGGAGAACUUGCCCCAGGAGAGCAUAGCCAGGAAAGACACAAAAAUUCACAGUUGGUGAAAGAUUUCCAAGAAUUGCGGAGGAUCAUAGAGUCUAUGAACAUGUUCCACGCCAACCUGGGGUUCUUCUUUCUUCACUUUGCCCAGAUCUUAAUGUUGGAAAUGCUGGCGUGGCUAAUACUGUAUCAUUUUGGCAGUGGCUGGCCUGUUACUAUAUUCAUUUCCUUUCUUCUCACAAUUUCUCAGGCCCAGAGCUCAUUUUUGCAGCAUGACGUGGGGCACCUUUCCAUAUUUAAGAAGUCCAAGUGGAAUCACGUGAUGCAUAAAUUUGUGAUGUGCCAUCUCAAGGGCCUGUCAGCAAACUGGUGGAAUUACCGGCACUUUCAACAUCACGUAAAGCCGAACAUCUACCCCAAAGACCCGGAUAUUGACAUGGGCCCACUUUUUCUGCUCGGAGAUUCACAACCUGUCAAGUACGGCAAGAAGAAAAUCAAAUACAUCAACUAUGAAAAGCAGCACCUGUACUUCUACAUGGUUGGGCUCCCACUCCUUAUGCCAGUAUAUUUCAACCUGCAAUCAAUGCAAGUGAUGUACCUUCGAAGAUAUUGGGUGGACAUCGCCUGGGUUAGCAGCUUUUACAUCCGAUAUUUCAUCACAUUUGGCCCAUACUAUGGAAUCUUUGGGACUGUGUUGCUCAUCUAUUUGGUCAAGUUUCUUGAAAGUCCUUGGAUUGCAUAUGUUACCCAGAUGAGCCACAUACCAAUGAGAAUGAGCACAGAGGAGAACCGAGACUGGCUCAGCACUCAGGUCUUGGCCACCUGUAAUAUUGAACAGUCCUUUUUCAAUGACUGGUUCACUGGGCACCUGAACUUCCAAAUUGAGCACCAUCUGUUCCCCACAAUGCCACGCCAUAAUUAUCACAAAGUGGCGCCUCUGGUGAGGUCACUGUGUGCCAAGCAUGGAUUGCAGUAUGUGAAUAAACCCAUGUUGAGGGCGUUUGGAGAUAUUGUCAGAGCCUUGAAGAAAUCUGCAGCCCUCUGGGUGGAUGCUUACUAUGAAACAUGAUGCCAAAUGUCAGCCUUGAUACACAUCCUGCAAUAUCCAUGAAGCAAGGAUUUCUUGACAUGUUAGAGACACUCAGUAAAGAUAUGCUAAAUGGAGAAAGAAAUGAAUGGAUGGAUGGAUGCUAAUUCUAAGAGGCUACAGAAAAAAAUGUCCUCCUUGGCCUCUCUCAUGGAAAGCUAUCCUUUUGUUUAACAACUCACCAAAAGAAACUUCUCCUGCUCCUUCAUUUUUAUGUCUGUACCUUAAGCUUAUACUGUUUACCUAGAAAACCAUUUAACGUUUUCUUAUUGCAAGAAUUUUCUGAUUCCAAAAAUAUGUUUAUGUAAUUUCUUCCAAUUAGAUAGAUAAAUUUAAUUAAAUAUAUGAGAAUAAUUCCAUAUUCUAAUUUUGAUUUUUUUUUAAUUUUAUCAUGGUAAAAACACUUAUUAUGACAUCUAUCCUAUUAACAUUUUUAAGUGUACAAUACAAUAUUGUUUUCUAUAGGCACAAUAUUGCGAAGUCGAUCUCUAGAAAUUAUUCCUCUUGCAUAACUGAAAUUUUAUACCUGUUGAUUGGCACUUCCCAUUUCCCCUUCCUCCAGUCCCUAGCAACCACCAUUCUAUUUUUUCUUUCUGUGAGUUUGACUAUUUUAGAUACCUCAUGUAAAGAGAGUCAUACAGCCUUUAAGGUUAAUUUAUAUUGUUGCUAUUAUAAGAUUUCCUUUUUUCUUAAAGCUGAAUAAUAUCCCAUUGUAUGUAUAUACCACAUCUUUAAUUCAUUUACCCAUUGAUGGACAUUUAGAUUCUUUCCUCACUGUGCCUAUCGUGAAUGAUGUUGCAAUGAACAUGAGAAUGCUAAUAUAUCUCUGAGAUUCUGAUUUCAAUUUUUUUCAUAAAUAUCCAGAAGUAGGAUUGCUAGAUAAAAUUCUCACCAAUAUUUAUAAGGAUCUACCAUCAAUAAGUACUGAUAUAUACCCUUCAUGGGCAUUAUUCCAUUUAAUCCUCAAAACAGGCCCAUUGGGCAUAGGUACUGUAAUUAACUUCAUUUUUUUAGAUAUAAAACCUGAGGCUUAAGGAAGCCAAGCAAUUUGCCUGAAGUUGCAGGUAGAAACUGGUAGAGUUGAGUUUCAGACCCAGGAAUAUCUGACUCCACAGUCAACGCUCUUUAAUUCCCAUGCCAGGAAAUCCAAAGUAAAAGACAAGAAAGUGGCAUAUAUUCAAGCCAGGGAAAAUUCAUCUUCUUUACAGCUAUCACAAGGAAGUGGCAUAAAUUCAAGCCAGGAAAAAUUCAUCUUCUUUACAGCUAUCUUCAUAUGACUUUCCCUGAUCCUGUUUUCUCUAAAACUUUACUCUUCUUGACAGAAUUAGGUAGUGAGAAUUUGCCGGCAUUUUUAGUUGGACAUCAAGUAAGAGUGCCUGGAUUCGAAGUCAGAAGUCUAGACUCUAAUUUCAGCUUAUUAACUUAGUAUCCUACAGUGAACUUGGCCAUGUCACUUACACGCUCCAUACCUCAAUCCCCACAUUUGUAUAGGUGUGAUGCACAAUAUUUCCUGGCGUAUGUGCAUCAUAGGAUGAUUGUGACAAUUACGUGAAGUAAGACAAAUGGAAUGGUUUUAUAAGCUGGCAACACCCAUUCACAUUAUAGUUACUGAUGUUCUAUAAUGAGAGUUCUUCCCAUCCUAAACCCACAAAAAGCAUGAAAGGCCACAGAGUCACCGAGACCUACGGGAUGGAAAGACACUGAAUCAUUUUAACAAUGACAGAGUACCUUUCCCCAGAGGCUUAUGAGAGGCGUAUGAGUCACAAAUGAAAAAAUGAUUUCUCCUGUUGCAACAAGUAACAUCCAUGAGUCAUCUUGCACCUUUGACUGUAAUUAAUCCCCUGGUACCCGCCUGCAGAUCUCAGAGGCUGUGGGGCAGGUAGUAGAAAGCCGAGAUUCUGGUUAUCCAAACUUCUGAUUAACCAUGUGAGUGCACAAUUCUUAUUGUUGGCAAUCUUACCAAUGGUGUAUAAUAUAAUAUUUGUUGCCUAGUCAGUGUAAAUAAAGGAUGAUCUUGUCUGCUUUCUUGCUAGUCAGAGACACUUCUGGUACAAUCCUAAAAGUGCACAAUGCAUAGGAAAUUAAACUCGAGCUCUAUUGAAGGCAGAGAUAUACUCAGUUAUGUUUUCUUUCCCAGAACUGUUUAUGAAAGUUUGAGGCCAGGCACGGUGGCUCACGCUUGUAAUCCCACCACUUUGGGAGGCUGAGAUGGGCGGAUCACAAGG